AGGACUCAGCUGGAAGCAGGGAGGUCUCUGUCUCAGUUUCAAGAGAAAAACCUGGGCUUGCCAAGCCACCAAGAAGGACAACAGGCGCUGAUCCCAAGAAAGAGAGCCAAGGAUGCUCCCCUCCUGGACUUGGCUGCUGGCCCUGACGCUCCUGUCAGGCCAGGUGGAGGCCCAGAGCUGCAAGCCAGAACUGCAAGGCAUUGCUCGCAACCUGGCCAGAGGCCACCCAACCUGUCAGUCCUCCGUCUUCCCCCACGAGAUUAUUGGAACAGCAAGCAAAGCCGUGGAUGGGAACUGCGGUGGGGACUGGUAUAAAAUGGGCACCUGCACCCACACGCAGCUGGACACGGAGCCCUGGUGGCACGUGGACUUGGGCCAGCAGUACGCCAUCUCUGCUGUGGUGGUGAAGAACCGCGGGGACUGCUGCGGUGAGAGACUCCAGGGAGCUGAGAUCCGCGUGGGAGACUCUGUGGCUGACCAUGGCAAGUCCAACCCCCUCUGUGGGACCAUCACAGACACCAGCCUUGGCUCCGUCAGCACCUUGUAUUGCAAUUGGCUCCAGGGCCGCUAUGUGAGCAUCCACAUCCCGGGGAGGGCCGAAUACUUGACCUUGUGCGAGGUGGAGGUCUAUGGCACCAAGGCAGAAGACCAGUGCUAGGGAUCCGCAGUCUCUGCGCGUGUGUGUUGGCGGGUGAGGAAAUAAAGAAUUAUUCUCUGGUAAA